AUGUUCCCCCAGCUCCUCCAUACUACCACUCGUGCAGUUGCAGUUGUCCAGAACCAGACACAUGCCUUCAGGAAUGUUCUGCAGUUGCAAUCUAGUGGCCCAUCCUCUGGAUCAGGAUCAGGCUGGGGAAAUGGUCCAGGUCCAGGCAGCUCUAAAUUCAACGCUGGUAGUCGUUUUCAUGCUGGUCUAAAUAACGCAGGUCGUGCAGUAACGCAAGCCAAUGUGGUCACUUCGCACGACGGCACCAUUUCUCAAAGCGACGAGACGGAAGAGUUUGCACCGAGGAGACCACCGACGAGACGACCGCCCCAGAAGAGACAACGGAUUCGUAGUUCGAGCGUGUCCCUCAGUGUGACCGGCCGCAAUGAGCGGGGCGAAAAGAUGGGGGUCCUCCAGACCGUGCAAAUCCAUGCCCGCGCACGACACGCAUUUUCCCCAGGAGAGACACUAGCUGCUGCUAAGGAGCGUCUCCUCGCCGAAUCUCUCCCGCGUGCCGAACCUCCAGCUCCCCUUCUCGUUCGACGCAACUCGACGUCGGCUCCUUUGAGCCCGUUGGUGAGCCCAGCGACUACGUCAGUCCCCCUCCCGACCCCGCCACCGGAAGAGCCAAUAGGCCAAACGAAGAGAGCCGCGUCACCAAAUUUGCAGGAAAAGCGACCAUCAACACCCAUUCAGCCCACUACCCAGACUGUGACUCCCCCUCCGUCUCCGCAACCCAAAGAUUAUUACACCACCAGGCUCAACAAGCUUGCGGAGUUUCGAGAUGGCAAGGUCAUCGCCGAACUCAUCCGGGAAAUGGUAUUCAGUUCGGAUGCGACGCCGACUGUUGAGCAGUUCAACGCUGGUUUGAAUGCGCUCAUUCGUUCUCGAUUCCCCGGAGAACCUUUGAACAGCAUCAUCAAGCUCUACAAUGCGAUGCUCGACAAGUCGGUUGUCCCCAACGUUCGGACGUAUGAACACUUGAUCCAGGCCCUCACCAUCCGCGAUUGGGAAGUGCAGCGCGCCAUCGUCAGCUUGCAGAAUCGCGCGAAGCAAGGAACCUUGCCAGAUCGCGAUGAAGUCGCGACAGUCGAGACAGAUCAAGCUAGGAUCGAGCAGCUCAAGACGGAGGACAACUUUGCGUCGGCCAUGUCGCUCUUCGAAGGCAUUCUGGCUAUUGGUGGCAGGAGCCAACUCGAGAUGGCGACCUUCAAUCGCCUCCUGCGAUCAUGCGCCUUCCACUGCGAUAUCAAUGCUGCCAUUCACGUCUUCGCUCAAAUCGAGGGCAUGAGGAGGCAACCGAACCAUAUCGCAUACCAGAACAUGAUCCUCACCUUCUCGAACGCGGGCAUGAUUCAGGAGGCAGAAGAGAUUUUCAAGUCCUACGUGCAGGUUUCCGAAGCAGGGCUUCUCGCGAGGGUUGGUUCCGGGGAUGCCAUCCGCCAGCAGCAGAUUCAGGUUUGGAAUUCCAUGAUCGAAGCAUUCUUCCGUGCUGGCAUAUCGGACAAGGCUCUGGAACUCGUCGAGCAAAUGAUGCAUUCCACUGCUCGCAAUGCAUUCGCUUCAAACGAAAUUCCAGUCAUCACAUCCUCGACCUUGAGCACCACUAUCGCUGGAUUCAUCUUGCGGGGCGACAUUGACGACGCUCUGGCCUGGUUUAACCGUCUGUUGGAGGAGGAGGAAGCAGCCACCAGUCCUUAUCACGGCUUGGAUGGGAGGGCAAUGCGACCUAAUUCCGUGGCAUGGCAUAUGAUCCUGGAGGCUUUGGCGCAACAUGGCCGGAUCGACGAACUCAAUAAGCUUUACAAGAUCUUGAAGUCAGUACAUGAACAGGACCACAUCAUUAUCCGCCCCAUCGACCGCCUCGUCGUCCACCGCGCCAACAUGAACGUAAUCUCGACACUUGAGGAUGCGCCUGCCCUGGAGCUGCUUCAUUUCCUCCUCGAGGACAUCAAUAGUGCCCCUUCGUUUCCCUACCGGGAGAAAUGGCAGAUGGUCUCCGAUAUAGCCGAUCAGUUCGUCUCCAGAGGCUUGUUCGAUAUUCCGUGCAACUUGAUCAGCAACUUCAUCGUUCAGAAACUGGAGGAGACGAGAACGGUCAAGGGCGCCAUGUCCCUUCAACGCCAGGUUGAGCUGCACCACAAGCUCAUUUCGUUCCAGGAGCACGUCUAUCAGACCGCUGAGCAGGGCAAGGGUGAACUCACCUUCGCUAUUGCUCUGACUAUAUCCCGUCUGGCGAGCGUUCUGCUCUUGAAACCUGACCUGAAGUUCGCCCAAUCGUUCAUGCAUGCAUACGGUCGCGCCAGGUUCUUGAGCUUGGUUCCUUACGAUGAAAUGUCACCUGAUGAUUGGAAGGUCCUGCUCCGAUAUGCCGCCUAUCUCGAGGUCAACGGACUUGAGGGCAACCCGGACAAUCUUCCUUCCAUCCUGGAUUAUGCGUUCAAUGGCCUUUCCUCGUUGUUGGAUGACCUGAGCAGCCACGGAGUCCCUUUCGACAUCUUCGACGUGGACGUCAAGAAGCAUGUCUUGGAUGUUUUGGAGACACGGUAUAGUCAACAAGGCCGCGCGGAGAUGAUGUCGAAGCUUGGCCCAUCCUACCUCCAGGCGUCACAAGAGUAUGACCAGAUCAGGUACUCGACCCUCGAGAAUGAGCUGACGCAGCCACAAGAGGCUCCUCUGCAAGCCGAGCCAGCCCAAAGCCCCGUUCAGCGGUUCUCACACCUCAGCUUGAACAGAGCCCUCUCGCGCACCCUUGAAGAUCUGUCUCGUUGCGCGCAUCAGGCAGCGGCUGAACGUCUCCAGACAGCGUACGACAUCUUCCAGAAGAACCUGGAGAAGCGAUUGGUGCCCGAGAUCAAUGCUAUCUCGCAUCUCAUCCAAUCCCUUGGUCGUUCCAAUCAAUUGGACAAAGUUCGCGAGCUGUACACGGUCGCCCAGGAGGUGUUUCCGCUGUUGCCCCAGGAUGAGCAGAUCGGUGCAUGGGCGCAGAUCGAGGACAGCAUGAUCAUCGCUCUGGCACACUCUGGACAUCCCGAGGCUGCUCAUGUCCACCGCAUGCGGAUUCUCGAGCAAGGGCAGGUCCCGUCGGCUGAUGCGUACGGCGUACUUAUCCAGUUCGUCAAGGAUACCACGGACGACACCAACGGAGGCAUGACUCUCUUCCAGGAGGCUCUCGAGCGCGGCGUCCGACCCAACCUGUACCUGUACAACAACAUAAUCUCGAAGCUGUCCAAGGCGCGCAAGGCUGACUACGCCUUGGAGCUGUUCCAGCAGAUGAAGGGUUACGGUAUUGUUCCAUCAUCGAUCACAUAUGGGGCCGUCAUUGGUGCUUGUGCAAGGGUAGGCGACGUCAAGUCGGCGGAAAUCCUGUUCCAGGAGAUGAUUCACUCAAAGAACUUCAAGCCUCGCGUGCCACCCUACAACACGAUGAUGCAGCUGUAUACGACAACGAAGCCAAACCGGACCAGUGCCCUUUAUUACUAUGAUGAGAUGAAGAAGGCUCGUAUCCGUCCUUCAGCUCACACGUACAAGUUGCUCUUGGACACCUACGGCGCCAUCGAGCCCAUCGACUUGAGGUCCAUGGAGAAGGUCUUCGACGAGCUUCAAGACGACCGCUCUGUUCCUUUGACUGGUGCUCACUUCGCAUCUCUCAUCAACGCAUACGGGUGUGCAUCCAAGAACUUCGACAAGGCCAUUUCCGUCUUCGACUCCAUGUCCAACAUCCCUCGUGCCCCUGCUCCGGACGCUGUCGUCUAUGAAGCUAUCAUCAAUGUCAUCGUGGCCCACAAGCGUACAGAGCUCAUCCCCGACUAUGUCUCCAAGAUGAGCGAAGCCGGCGUGCACAUGACCGCGUACAUUGCGAACUUCUUGAUCAAGGGGUAUGCCAAUGUAGGUGAUAUGGACCAGGCAAGAGCCAUCUUCGAGUCUCUACUUGACCCUCCAACGGGUAUGGCUGCGCCCAACAACCACGCGUCUCAUAACCCUACGGAAUCACCAGAAGUACCUGUCAUGGAACCUGUCUAUCGCGAGCCCUCGACUUGGGAAGUUAUGGUUAGGGCGGAGCUCGGUGCAGGCAACCGCGACGCGGCAGUUGACCUACUCGAACGAUUGAAGGCUAGACAAUAUCCCGAGGCUGUUUACAACCGCAUCAGUGGGGUCAUGACUGACCAUUCAGUGCUAGUCUAA